AUGGCUCCCCAGAGUGCGUGCUCUUGUGGAAUUGACUCGCUUCAAAGCUUCAUAGGUCAUGAUUUUGAUGCAGGGGAAUUGGGUCCUUCAGGCUUCUCAGCGGCUUCAGUUCAUCGGAUUGGGAUUUUUGAUGCAAGACUCCUGAAUCUUGAUUGUCAUGCUGGAAACAUGCUUGUCAAAAAACAUGACCAGCAUGAGAAUUAUUGUGUUGGGGCUGAUGAACUUGUUCCUAGAGAUCAUGGCCUCUGCCUGCCUGAGUGGCUAGAUGAUCCUUAUCUUGAAUGGCAGCACUGGCCACAAGCCUCGGUUCCAUUUUCAGAAUCCGAAUUGGAGUACAUAUCAAACCUUGAUGCUUUCAAAGAUGCAGAGCUUUUAAGAAGGGAGCUUCCUUCUUUAAGGGAAUCAUCCAUUCGGGUACUUGUCCUUUGCACCAUUUUCUUGAAGCGAGCUGCUGCUGUUGGGCUCUGCCUUUCUGAUAUAGGUGAAAUGAUGACUAGGGAGUUUUGUGGUGGAGAAUGCUAGAGAAUUGUGCGCAGAAGCAAAACUGGGUAAUGCAUCCGUUGAUGAGACAAAUGAUCAUGAUCAAAGGUAGAAGAAUAUUUUGAAAUAUUUCAAUUUGACAAUGAUUUUGAAGACACUUCUAAA